AUGUUCCUCGAGUUCGUAGUCUGGUUUCUUCUUCUCCUUUGGAGAUCAUCAUCUGUUUUUGCAUCAUCAGAACAAGAAUAUGUUGGUUUCACCUACAAUGGAUUUCGAGGAGUUAACUUGAGCUUGGACGGUUUAACUCAGAUUACAGACAAUGGACUCUUGAUGUUGUCAAAUGAAACUAAUCAACAAGUGGGUCAUGCGUUCUACCCCGAUCCACUUCACUUUUUGGGGAAUUCAUCAUCCACCGGUAAUAACUCUCCUUUAUCCUUCUCCACUACUAUUGUAUUUGCCUUUUGCGGGAUCAGAUUUUUUGGCCCUGCAAUAGCUUUUGUGAUUUCAUCCUCAAAAGAAUUCCCAGGUGCUUUACCUGGCAAUUAUCUCGGCCUCUUCAAUACCACCAACAUCGGCAAACAAUCCAACCAUGUCAUCGCAAUCGAGAUGGAUUGCCUCCAAAAUGCAGAGUUCAACGACAUCAAUGGAAACCAUGUUGGUAUCGAUAUCAAUGACUUGAAAUCUGUUGUAUCUGAACCAGCUUCUUAUUUUAGUGAUGCAGAGAAUCGGUAUGUGAACCUAAGCCUCACCGGUGGACAGCCCUUGCAACUCUGGGUUGAUUAUAAUGGUACAGAGAAGCUACUUAAUGUGACUUUAGCUCCUCUUAAUGUCCCUAAACCAACAAUCCCACUCUUGUCCUUGGAAAUUGAUUUUUCUCUGAUCCUCAUGAAAGAUCAUCCCCUGUUUGUGGGCUUCUCCACAGCUACAUACACCAUGCCAACAUCUCAUUAUAUUUUGGGAUGGAGUUUUAAAUUGAAUGGGAAAGCAAGAGAACUCACUCUCUCCCAACUUCCUAAGCUUCCUAAUCAUAAAUCACAUAAGGCCAGAACUAGGCUUUUUAGUGUUGUAUUUUCUGUGAUAGGUGCUACUUUAGUGUUUAUCUCCAUCUUGAUUAUCCAAUUUAUAGUGAAAAGAAAGAAAAAGUUUGCCGAAGUGCUUGAAGAUUGGGAACUCGAAUAUGGACAUCACAGGUUCAAAUAUAAAGAUCUAUACAUUGCCACAAAAGGGUUCGUGGACAAAGAGCUUCUUGGAACUGGUGGAUUUGGUAGGGUUUACAGAGGUGUGUUGCCCAAAACCAAGACAGAGGUUGCAGUGAAGCGAGUCUCCCACAAUUCAAGACAAGGGGAGAGAGAAUUCAUUUCUGAAAUCAUCAGUAUCGGUAAAUUGAGACAUCGGAACAUAGUAAGACUCUUGGGCUAUUGCCGUCGCAAAGGAGAGCUCCUUCUAGUCUAUGAUUUCAUGCCUAAUGGGAGUCUUGACAAAUUCCUUUUCGAUCGAACAACGACAACAACAAAGACGAUGCUGAAUUGGUGUCAAAGAUUUCAAAUCAUCAAAAGCGUGGCAGCCGCGUUGUUAUAUUUGCACGAAGAAUGGGAACAAGUUGUGGUGCACAGAGACGUGAAGUCCAGUAAUGUGUUAUUAGACAAGGAGCUAAAUGGAAGAUUAGGAGAUUUUGGGCUUGCAAGAUUAUAUGAUCAUGGAACUGACCCUCAAACCACUCAUGUAGUAGGGACACUUGGUUAUCUUGCACCAGAACUUUGUGAAACUGGGAAAGCAAAGCCUAGUGUGGAUGUGUUUGCAUUUGGGGCUUUUUUGCUGGAAGUUGCUUGUGGCAGGAGGCCCAUAGAGUCUGAAGAAGCAUCUGAAGAGUGUAUGGUGUUGGUGGAUUGGGUGAUCUCAUGUUGGAGUGAGGGCAAGAUUCUUGAUACUGUGGACCCAAAAUUAGGACUGAAUUAUGAAGUGGAGGAAAUGGAAUUAGUGUUAAAACUUGGAUUAAUUUGCUCCCACAAUAUUCCAACUGCAAGGCCACGCAUGCGACAAGUCAUACGCUAUUUGGAGGGAGAGGUUCCUCUACCAGAGUUGCAAUCUUUUGUGCCUUCAGGAGGUUCAAGUGAUGUCUCUGUUUGCUGUUCUUAUGCGAUGACUCGGUCAUCAUCUAUUGCAGAAUCUGUACUCUCUGGAGGACGUUGAGUUUGUUGGGUUAUAGGUUUUGAGUGUAAUCCAAGUAUUGUCUAAUUAGAUAGAAUGGUUUUUUUUUAUUUGAUGCAGAGAA